AUAAACCUUUGGUGACUUCUCCAAAACGUAAAAACAAUAGAGCACCUGAAAUGGAAGUAACCGGCCACGUUCUUCCAAUUUUUUCCGGUGUCUUUGCCCUUCUUCUCUUCCUCUAUGCUCUCUUCACUAUGUCCCGAAAAUCCAGUGCUGAUCGGAGGAGACUCCCAGCCCCGCCUGAAGCCGGCGGCGCGUGGCCGGUGAUCGGCCACCUCCACCAGCUAAGUGCAAAAGAGCCAACUCACAUAACGUUGGCCAAAAUGGCCGACGCCUACGGACCAAUGUUUACGUUAAGGUUCGGCAUGAAAAAGGCACUGGUGGUGAGCAGUUGGGAAAUAGCGAGAGAAUUCUUCACUACGAACGACAGAGUCUUUGCGUCUCGCCCAAAGCUUGUAGCCUCGAAGCUACUGGGCUACGAUUAUGCCAUGUUUGGGCUGAGCCCGUACGGCCCACACUGGCGGCAGGCGCGUAGAGUAGCCACGCUGGAACUCCUGACGAACCACCGCCUGGAGAGGCUCCAACAUGUGAGAAUAUUGGAGGUACAAAAUUGGAUCAAGGAACUGUAUAAAUUAUGUGUCGAAAAUGAAGAGAAAGCGGUGGUGGAGAUGAAGACGUGGUUCGGGGACGUAACACUGAACACCAUAUUCAGGAUGGUGGUUGGAAAGCGAUUCUCCACUGCCUUCGAUGACAAUAAUGGAAGUGAAGAGUGCAAGAAGGCGUUGAGGGAUUUCUUUGGAUUGUUUGGAAUAUUCAUUCCUUCGGAUGCGUUUCAGUUUCUGAGCUGGUUUGAUUUGGGAGGGCAUGAGAAGGCCAUGAAGGAGACGGCCGAAUUGCUGGACGACACGUUUGAUAAGUUCCUGAAAGAGCAUCAGCAGCAGCAGGCGUCAAAUUUUGGUGAAUCGGAGAUGGAGGAGCAGGACUUCAUGGACGUCAUGAUUUCUGUGGUAAAAAAUGAAGCAGAAUCUUUCAGCUACGAUGCCGAGACAGUCAUCAAAGCUACAUGCUUGAAUAUGAUAUUGGGUGGAUUUGACACGACGACGGUGACAAUGACGUGGGCUAUUUCUUUACUCCUCAACAAUCAAGAAGCACUCAAGAAGGCCCAACUUGAAUUAGAUGAACAAGUUGGGAGAGAAAGACAAGUAAACGAGUCAGAUGUGAAAAAUCUAUUAUAUCUUCGUGCUAUUGUCAAGGAAACUCUACGCUUGUACCCUCCUGCGCCACUCUUAGCCCCUCAUGAAUCUAUAGAAGAUUGUACGGCUGUUGGCUAUUACAUUCCUAAUGGGACACGCCUCAUUGUUAAUGUUAAAAAGCUUCAAAGAGACCCGUUUGUUUGGGAGGAUCCUUGUGAAUUUCGUCCGGAACGAUUUCUAACGAGCCAAAAUAAUUUUGAUGUUAGAGGACAGAGUCCCCAAUUUAUACCAUUUGGAAAUGGUCGAAGGAUGUGUCCGGGAAUCUCAUUCGCCCUCCAAGUUAUACAUCUUACUCUUGCGAAUUUGCUUCAUGGAUUUGAAAUUGGUAGGCCAUCGGAAGAACUACUUGAUAUGGAAGAGAGUGUUGGGUUAACCAGCGUUAGAAAAACUCCACUCGAGAUUGUUUUAACUCCACGUUUACCUGCUCAAGUGUAUGAAUAAUUUUGCAAUCAAAUUAUGAACAAGAAAUGAAGCUAUUGCAAAGGUAAAAUGUUAUGAUAUUAAA